AUCAAAUUUGUUGUAAUAUCUAAGUAAUUUUCCACGUUAUUCAAGAGUAUAGUAAUUAUUUGUUAGUUGUCAGUAGUGGCGGAAUCAAGAUUUUCAUUAAGAGGGUUCAAACUAUGAAAGAAGCUAAAUAAACACACGAACUAAUCAAAGAGGAUUCAACAUCUACUAUAUAUAACGUACUGCAAACUUUGCAAGCAUGGGAAUCUUGUGCACAAACUUCUUCAGUGAUCACUGGCUCAUGAUCAUUGCACAUAUAUAGUUAGUUAUAACUGAAUUAAACACAACUUCCAUGCCUACAACUUGAAACUUCUUCGAAAUUUCUCCGGUAAAAACACUCAUUCCUUCUAGCUUCAACUUUUAUCUAAGUGCUCUUGUUUCCGCGGUUAUGUUGACUUGAUAGUGUAAAAAGUUAUUAAUUUCUCUUUCAAUGAAUACCCGUCGCUACUUUCUUACACCCAUUUCACUUUGCCAUUCGAGCAUUGUUGUAUCUUUUCCGUCAAUUUCACCAUCAUCAACAACAGCAGCAGCAGUAGCAGUAGGAGGAGGCGAUUAUGCAGUUGGAAAUAGAAACAGGUAUACUCGCGCUUCUAAUAUUUCAGAUUCUUCAGUCUUGAUAAGAAUGGCAAUGAGAAUAUCAAGAGCAAAGUGGUUCAUUUUCCUAAGAAGAGUUUUCCAUUACCAAAAUGGUUAUUCAAGAUCUGAUCUUGGAUCGAACCCGUUCAAUUCAAUAACAUGGAUGAUGAUGGAGUGUAUAUCAUUAAGUAUACAAAUAAUUCUAAGUGUAUAUACUCUCUCUGUUUCAAAAUACGAAAAACCAGUUUGGCCAAUGAGGAUAUGGGCGUUUGGAUACGUCUUUGGCUGUAUACUUAGCGUCCUCCUGCUUUAUUCGCGCUAUUGGGCAUUCUACAUCAGGCCACAAAGACAUGAUUCUGACAUCGAGCAACAAAGACGCAGCCACGAUGAUCAAUCCAGGGCAUCGUCAUUGCACAUGAUGGAGAGAUUCAAGACUAGUAUGGAGUUAUUCUUCGCGAUAUGGUUUGUGAUGGGGAAUGUUUGGGUGUUUGAAUCGCGGUUAUUAAUGUCAUAUCAUCGCGCUCCUAAACUUCACUUGCUCUGCAUUUCUCUGCUUACUUGGAAUGCAGUUGCAUAUUCAUUCCCAUUCAUAUUGUUUCUAUUGCUCUGCUGUUGUGUUCCAAUGUUGAGUACAUUCCUAGGCUACAAUAUGAAUAUGGCAUCUGUGGAUAGAGGAGCUUCUGAUGAACAACUCUCAACUCUUCCAAGCUGGAAAUACAAAUCAGAAAUUGGAAACCAGGAAGAAGACCUCACAAAUUCCGCGCUGCAAGAUGAAAAUUCUGAAUGUUGUAUUUGUUUAGCCAAGUAUGGAGAUAAAGAAGAUAUUAGACAAUUGCCUUGUUCUCAUAUAUUUCAUCUCAAGUGUGUGGAUCAAUGGCUCAAAAUUAUAUCUUGUUGUCCUCUAUGCAAACAAAAACUAGAGGGGUAAAAGAUGCAACAAAGCUCCUCAUGAGCCUCAAUGUAUUUUUAUCCUUUUUUUAUGGAGAUGAAAUUUUCAUAUAUACCCAAUAUGUACUACAUUAUACACUUGAAAAAACAGAAAAUUUAAUUACGAUUAA